AUGCAUCUCCUUGCAGCCCCUGACACACACACACACACACACACACACACAUUCGUGUCUCUCUUAGGGCACGGCUUGCUCCUGUUGAAUGGGCAGACAUGGUUCCAGCAUCGACGGAUGCUGACCCCAGCCUUCCACUAUGACAUCCUGAAGCCAUACGUGGGGCUCAUGGCAGACUCUGUACGAGUGAUGCUGGACAAAUGGGAAGAGCUCCUUGGCCAGGAUUCCCCUCUGGAGGUCUUUCAGCACGUCUCCUUGAUGACCCUGGACACCAUCAUGAAGUGUGCCUUCAGCCAUCAGGGCAGCAUCCAGGUGGACAGGAAUUCUCAGUCCUACAUCCAGGCCAUUAGUGACCUGAACAACCUGGUUUUUUCCCGUGUGAGGAAUGCCUUUCACCAGAAUGACACCAUCUACAGCCUGACCUCUGCUGGCCGCUGGACACACCGCGCCUGCCAGCUGGCCCAUCAGCACACAGACCAAGUGAUCCAACUGAGGAAGGCUCAACUACAGAAGGAGGGGGAGCUGGAGAAGAUCAAGAGGAAGAGGCACUUGGAUUUUCUGGACAUCCUCCUCUUGGCCAAAAUGGAGAAUGGGAGCAUCUUGUCAGACAAGGACCUCCGUGCUGAGGUGGACACGUUCAUGUUUGAGGGCCACGACACCACAGCCAGUGGGAUCUCCUGGAUCCUCUAUGCUCUGGCCACACACCCCAAGCAUCAGGAGAGGUGUCGGGAGGAGAUCCACAGCCUCCUGGGUGAUGGAGCCUCCAUCACCUGGAACCACCUGGACCAGAUGCCCUACACCACCAUGUGCAUUAAGGAGGCACUGAGACUCUACCCACCGGUGCCAGGCAUUGGCAGAGAGCUCAGCACUCCCGUCACCUUCUCUGAUGGGCGCUCCUUGCCCAAAGGUAUCAUGGUCUUCCUCUCCAUUUAUGGCCUUCACCACAACCCAAAAGUGUGGCCCAACCCAGAGGUGUUUGACCCUUCCCGUUUUGCACCGGGUUCUGCUCAACACAGCCACGCUUUCCUGCCCUUCUCAGGAGGAUCAAGGAACUGCAUCGGGAAACAAUUUGCCAUGAACGAGCUGAAGGUGGCCACGGCCCUGACCCUGCUCCGCUUUGAGCUGCUGCCUGAUCCCACCAGGAUCCCCAUCCCCAUUGCACGACUUGUGUUGAAAUCCAAAAAUGGAAUCCACCUGCGUCUCAGGAGGCUCCCUAACCCUUGUGAAGACAAGGACCAGCUUUGAGGGCCUCCACCUGCCAUCCUGUCUUCCUGACCCCCGCUUCUGUCCCCUUCCUGUCUGCCCAUAUCCUGUUUUCUAUCUGCCCACCUUCCCUUCUUCCCACCUCCCUGCUGUCCCUCAGUCUGCCUGCCCUUCUCUCUCUCACCUUUCUCCAGGCUCCCUACCUGCUUGUAUACCUGUCUCCUACCCACCUGUAUCUCUUGUUGGGAGAAAAGCUGAGUGUUGGGAGAAGCUGAG